AUGGACGAUGAGUUAGAUCUGUUCGGUAGUUCAUCUGAUUCUUUCAACGGGAAACUCCGUGCUAAGCCUUCCAUCAUCUCAGGGUCUGAAUCUCUCAUUCUUCUGUAUCUCUACAUCGUUUCCUUUUAUGGAAAGAUGCAAGCUGCGAUUCGUUCGUUUGUGUCCGGUGGAAACGUUGUGAAAGCCUCUCUGCUGCAACAUCUCCGUGUGAUUAACCCAGCGGUUCAGCCUUGUGUUGUGUUUGGUUCACGCUCCGAGUCAACUCAGUCUUCUCGUAUGGAGGAGCAUGGAUUCGAGAUUCUUUUGUUCACGCUCCGAGUCAACUCAGUCUGCUUUUUUGUUCAGUGUGUUUUGACGUUGAGAUUCUUUUUAAGAUUAUCUGCAGAAGAUCAUAGUGCAAGGGUGGUCAUCCAAAUCAACAAAAGUAGGAGACAUUAUGACUGAAGAGAAUAAACUUAUUACCGUGACACCAGAGACUAAAGUCUUGCGGGCUAUGCAGCUAAUGAUAGAUAAUCGGAUUAGGCACAUUCCAGUGAUAAAAGACAAGGGUAUGGUGGGAAUGGUGUCUAUAGGAGAUGUGGUCCUUGCUGUGGUGACUGAGCAUCGUGAGGAGCUUAACCGCUUAAAUUCGUUUAUCCAAGGAGGUUACUAGACACGUUUGGAGAUCGGUAAGAAAAAGAGUUAAUUAUCUGUGUGUGGUCCACUGCUUGAUGAUUCUCUAAAGCUUUUAAGAUCGAUGUAUAUAUAUGGACAGUCGUUCUUUUCUGUUGUUUGUUGUUGUUGUUAUCUGUUGUUUUCAUUGGUUAACUUUGUCA